AUGGCCGAGAAAAGAAGGCCACUAUCUGAUUAUGAGAGACCACAGUUUACUAGCAAGGAAUUUAGUGUGCAAGCCCCAACAAUGCCAGCAAACAACUUUGAAAUUAAAGUAAGCACAAUUGGGAUGAUUCAGAAUUCAGUACAAUUUGAUGGGUUAGCCGAUGAAGACCCCCAUGCUCACUUAUCCUGCUUCUUCCAGAUUUGCUCCAUCUUCAAGAUCAACUCAGUCUCGGAUGAUGCCAUUAGAUUGAGAUUAUUCCCAUUCAGUUUGAGAGGAGCAGAGUAUAGAUGGCUCACUUUCUUGGCCCUCAAAUCUAUCACUACAUGGAAAGAGAUGGUGGAAAAGUUCCUUACUAGGUACUUCCCACCAAGUAAGACAGCCAAACUGAGACAAAAGAUUUUUGCUUUUAGGCAAGCUAAUUCAGAAACACUCUUUGAAGCCCAUGAAAGGUUCAAGGAUCUUUUCAGGAGAUGUCCUCACCAUGGUUUCUCCUUAUGGAUGAGAGUACAGCUACUGUGUAAUAGACUGAACUAUGCAACUAGACAGCUCAUCGUUGCUACAACGGGUGGUUCUUUGAGCUAUAAGUAUCCUGAAGGUGCUGAAAAAGUGAUUGAGGACAUGGCAAGCAAUGAGUGCCAUUGGAGUACUUGCCAGAAGCCACCAAGAGCAGCAGGCACUUAUGAGGUGAAUGCAAAUAUUGUACUGGCCGCAAAGGUUGAAGCCUUGACUAAGAGGUUUGAUCAGUUUUUAAUAGGGUCGAGCUCGAAUUCUAGAGCUAUCCUAUCUUGCGAGACGUGUGGUGUAGGACAUGCAACCACACAGUGCCCAAUUUUAGUUGCUUUAGUGGCUCCAAUAGAGACUGUUAACUAUGCUGAUGGGGGGCCAAGAGGACUGAGAAAUCCUUAUAGUAAUACAUAUAAUCUGGGGUGGAGGAGCCACCGGAAUUUUUCUUGGAAUCAAGGCCCAUCAUAA